AUGGAGAGCGCAGUAAACGCGGAGUCGUCGAAAGUAAUAUCAGUGGCGUUGAUACUCACCGUCUCCAAAAAAGCCGACCAGCUGAGCGUUGCAGAGCAUGGUGGAGAGACCGGGGCCCACCGACGGCAAGGGCCGGCCGUGCGCCCUGUUGCACAAUUCCAGUGCCGCUUUAGCAUGAAGACCCCACCUCCGUGCGUAUUCCCGGCAGUCCUUGCACUGCAAACUGCUCCAACGCACUGGCGUGAGGCAGCUUUGAUGCAUGUCUUCACCCUUCUCUCGAUCCCAAUACCAUUCGUACAUGGGUGUUGUCGAUACCACACCAGCAACCACAAAGCUUCACUUGGAUCUCUUCCAGUUCUGAGAGUUCAAAUACUCAAAUCGCUAUGUACCCAGCCCUACCAUCCCUUUGACACCUUUGAGGCUGACAUAACUACAGUAUUACCACCAAUACACAAUGUUAAACUAGAUUCUUAUCCUGGCCGCCUCGUGACAGACCACGUGGAGCUACUGUCUUUCUUCUCACCCUGUCCCGUGUCGAACUUUGGGACCACAACACCGCCUCAGGAAUGCAACGAAAAGCCACAUACCCAGAUCAUUUCUUCCCAUCAUGCCGGCGCUAGGAUGGAGAAACCAACUGAGUCAGUUUUGGAUCCCAUGGAAGUGGGCGAUGAGUUGUCAAGGUUCCCAACUGCUGGCCAGCGUCAACUUCAAUCCGGCGAUGGUGUCAGCCAAGAGUCUCUGCACUACCUUCAUUCCCCCAGCCAUAACAAAGAACGAAUAGACAUGAUUGAGUCACAACAAGAUGAACUUCGCGACACGCGCGACGAAUUACUUGGGUCAAGAUUCAAACUUCAGUUUAAGCGUAAGGAGCUCCGCAAAGUCCGUCAAGAAGCAAGUGUAAAAGAAGGGUCCUUGUUCAGUCAGCUUCGACAAUUUCGACAGCUGCUUGUUGAUAAAGGCAUUGAUAUCCCGGAACAAAUAGAGAAUGUCUACUCCGAAGCGUCGGAUCUUCGGGAUCGCCAUGGAGAGCUCGAAGAUGAUUACGACCAGGCUGAAGCUGAAUACAAUCUUCUCGAGUGGAAGUAUACCCAAAAAGAAACAAAGUUCAUCGACAGCUUGGCAGAGGACUGGACAACGACAUAUGCGUCAUCAGAGCGUGGAGAGAAGAAUCGGGAAACUGAGGACUUGACACGCUUUGCCCUUGGGGUUCCAGAGGUCUGGGAUGGUCCCACACAUUUUUCGGGACUUGGUCCAAUUGUGGCCUCAAUUCCACUUCCAAAGAUUAUUGACCACACUGGCUCGGUGGUCCCUAUGGCUGUCUCACUGGAUCCUAUGAUACAGCUGGGUUCCACUUCUUUACUUGAAUCACCUCGUGCAACUUCCAUGAUAGAUCUUGCCCCCCCAUCCCAUCGCAAUGAAAGCGUUUCUCUGCUUCCUCAUCCCACUAGUGAAAAUGAUCUUUUUCAAGCGCGAUUGGCUUGGGCAGAUGCUAGGAGACGUAUAGACUCAUGGAUCUUCGAAACUUUAUCAUGCUCUCGUCUUCAAAAGGCGCGUUUGAGGAGCUUGCAUUCUCGAGAUGAACUGGAUGACUUCUCCUGGUGGAACCUCGUUAUUGAAUACUGGAGCUUGGAUGAUUCAGAUAGCCCAAUUCUGGACCUGGAAGUCCGACGCUCCUUAACGACCCGCGAGACAGCAAGCCCUCCAGUAUCGUCCCCACCAACAAGCAUACUAUUUGGGAAUUCUGGCCCUGAUAAUCACGCUCAACGCUCGGACCUUCCCAUGACCCUCUUACCAGAAGAACGAGUUGUGGAUGCGCUUAAUGCACCCACUAUGCCCACAAUCAUCGAACCCAGCGACCUCCUUGACGAUAUCCUCGAGCCCACUACUGGACAAACCUGUAUCCUCGAAUCAUCUAACAAGGAAGUCGAAGCAUCAAAAGCUCUUGCACCCAAGGUGGACUCAGCGGUUCCUGAGUUUACUGAAAUAGACCAUGGACACUUCUUCGACUGA